CAAGGAUUCAACGGUCCAGAUCAAACGUUCCGUAUGGCUACUCUGAAGAACGAAGAACCUCCUCUAUUGUUCUCUCUCUCAUCUCCUCGUUCCUCAAUCCCGAAACUAAUUUUUUAGUUUUGUUUAUCGAAGGAAAAUUUUCUUCUAAUUUCUGGCAAAGAUGAAGGUAUUGAUCGGAGAAGGAGUAGAGUUUGAAGGUGAGAGAGAAAUCGAAGAAAUUGAAGGAAUCGCUAUUGAUGAUACUGAAGAAAUUGACGGGGAAGUUGAAGUCGAAGAAGACGACGGUGAAGACGACGACGGGGAUGAGGAGGACGAUGAAGAUGAUGAUGAUGACGUGCAGGAGGUUUUCCAGACCUCAGACGGCGGUCCACCGGCGCAGCCGGUAGAAGACGACGAAGACGAUGAAGACGAUGAGGAAGAGGAUGAAGACGACGACGGUGAUGAUGACGGUGAAGAUAGCGACGACGACGACGAUGACGAAGACGGUGAAGAUGACGAGGAGGAUGCACCAACAGAGUACUUGGUUCGACCGGUGGCUAACCCUGAAGAUGAGGAGGAAGCUAGUGAUUUUGAGCCAGAAGAGAACGGUGCUGAUGAGGAUGCUGAAUCCGAAGAAGAGGAUGAAGAUGACGAUGAUGGUGGAAAGAUUGAAGCCCCACCCAAGAGGAAGAGAUCCAAUAAAGAUGACUCAGAUGAUGACGAUGACGAUGGUGGUGAUGAUGAUCAGAGACCGUCCAAGAGAUAGUGGCUCGAGCCCAUUUCCUGGACUUGAAUCGUGACCCAAAAACAUAGGUCAGUCUCUUUCUUUCUCUAGCAUUACAUGUUGUCUACAUAAAUUCUAAACUACCAACAAGUUACAGAUAGAAGGACCAGUGUUCUUUACCCUUCAUGUAAUUUUAAUGGUGCUUUUGGAUGAUAGUAUGGCAAUGCAUUAUCGUUAGGUUGAUAAAUAAGCUACUAAAAUCUAGGUCCUUUAUAAGGUUGAAGAUUUAGAACUUCUGAUUCAUAGUCUCAAUAUCUAGGUUUAAUUUUUUGUAUUUGAUCUGUACUCUUGGAUAAUUUCUGUUGCUUUCUUUACCUUUAACUGUUGUAUUAUUGAUUGUUCAUUGGCUUCUCUUUUCGUGUUC